CGGGGCGGAGAAGCCAAUGCAACAACUGGAAGAUAGAGUAUGGCCAGCUACCGUGGCCCCGGAGGUUGGUGGUGCACGCUCUCCGGACUGCGGAAAGGCUAAGCAGGGUCAGAGAUGCUGCCUGGACUCUCCUCCAGCCUCCUUAUUCCUUCCAGCAGCCCUGAAGUGAGAGGAGUCACAGAAAGAGUAUGAUCUACUGAACAGCGCAUGGGACUCCAAGACCCAACACUUGGACUCUGUUUCUGUCUCGUCUGCUGACUCUCUGGGUGAUUUGGGACUUCAAGCCCACCAUGGAGCCAGGGCGCAUGGAGAACCUCUCCAUUCUCUACCAGAGCUCGGAUUUCAUCGUGGUCAACAAGCAUUGGGACCUCCGCAUCGACAGCAAGAUGUGGUAUGAGACCCUGACCCUGCAGAGUCAGCUGAAACACCGGUUCCCAGAGCUGGCUGAUCCUGACACAUACUACGGCUUCAGGUUCUGUCAUCAGCUGGAUUUCUCCACCAGUGGAGCGCUCUGCGUGGCUUUGAACAAGGCAGCAGCUGGCAGGGCCUACAAGUGCUUCAAGGAACGGCAGGUCACCAAAGCCUACCUUGCUCUGGUUCGAGGCCACGUGCAAGAGAGCAGGAUGACCAUCAAUCAUGCCAUUGGGAAGAAUACGACCGAAGGCCUGACCCACAUGAUGUGUAUUGAAGGGACAGAAGGCUGUGAGAAUGCCAAGCCGUGCCUGACGGAACUGACGGUCCUGGAGCGUGGGAUGUAUGAUAGUGACCCAGCCUCCAAAGUCCUCCUCCAGCCCCUCACAGGCCGGACCCAUCAGCUGCGAGUCCACUGCAGCAGCAGUGGGCACCCCAUUGUGGGCGACUUCACCUAUAGCUUCAAGAAGGACAGCCGCCCAUUCCGUAUGAUGCUGCAUGCCUUCUAUCUCCGCAUCCCCACGAGCGGGGAGCUCAUCGAGGUGAGCACGCCCGACCCCUUCGUACCCGAGCUGGAUGCUAACUGGCAGCCCCAACAACUGGUCCACCCCCUGGAGCAAGUCAUUGAGGCCGUGAAGGCCACUGUGGACCCAGCCCCUGCAGAAACUUCACCUCUGCCUAAGGACGUGGGCCGAGACAUGGUCACCCAAGAGGUCAGGGCCAAAGAAUCGGAGGAGCAGCGGGCCAGGUGCCAGCAGUGGUUGGCUGAAUGGGCCGUGGAACCAGGGAACUGAACUGUGCACUGAUUCCCCCUCUGCCUGUCCUUGGAGGCAGGUCAGUGAUGUGUCACCAGGAAACCCUACUCAUUCCCAGGCACAGAACAUCCCUCUUCCCCAGACAUUGAGUUUGAUGGAAAAGGGGCUUACUGGGAGGCCAGGCUCUGCCGGAGAGGGAUUUCUUCUCCCUCCCUCCCCUCACCAGCUUCCCUACCUCCUGUAGCCAAUAUCCCCAAACCAGAGGGAGUUUAACAUCAACACGAUCCCCAAGGGAUUGGGAUGGGCUGGGACUCAGGCAGUUAUUUUCAAGCCUGUGCCAUAAGGGAAACAGCUAACCCCCUGAUUCCCCAGCCCUGGGCACCUACAGUACAGGGACAGAUGGGGAUUCACCAUCCUGAAUGGUCUAGUGAGUAGGGAUCAGCUAGUGGUGCAGUGGUCAGAGCACUGGAUCUGGAGUCAGGAAGACCUCAGUUCAGAUCCAGUCUCAGACAUUUAUUAGCUGUGUGACCUUGGGUAAGUCACUUAA